CAGUAACAAAGAAUUCAAAUGUUAAUCUAUUGUUAAGGUAUGUAACCAUGGAAUCUAAUGUAAAUCUUUUGUAAUCAUUAAAAAGAAUCAAAUUUUAAAAAUACUGUACAAUACAUUCACAAUAGAAAGCAAUGUUAACAUAAGAAUCUGUGGUUUUUCAAUUGUUUUUCCCAUAGCCUUAAUUGUUCGUUUUUAUCCGGGUAGUGAAACUACCGGUCGAAAAUUUUGCGAAAGGCCAUCAAGCGUAGAAUUUGUCAAAAAGGGUAAGGAAGCUUUGUUACUUGAAGAACAAAACGAGUCCCUUUGUUCUGCUGGUGGUGUGGUUUCCAUACCUUUUUGCAGAACGUUUUACCGUUUUGGGGAAAUUUAUGUGACGGUUCUUUUGGCUCUAAUAGUGGUUUCUGCUUUUAGUGGUGUUGCGUGUACGUACACGUUGCAUUACACGAACACUACCUGAGUUACUGGUUGAAAAUAGUAAACAAAAAUCAGCUGUUCCCGCCAAAAUCAAAUGGGCAUAUUUUCAACCAGUAGAUUUGCAUUAGUGUUCGUGACGCCGCGUUGCGAAACCACUAUAUAAUUCGUGAUUUUGCUCAGUGAUAGUGAAAGAGUUUUGGGCAGACGCGAUUUGGAAAUAGUUGCAAAGAGAAAGCCAGCAUCCAGAAUAUCAGCUACGCCAUUUUGUGAAGUGCAUUUCGCAGUUGGCUGUUUCGUGAUUUCUUUUGUCGUGUGCACCUGCAUUCAUGCCAUUGUUUUUUUUUCUUAAUCUCCAUUUUGUGCUCAGGAAAGUGAGGCGCUAAUUUUGCUGCAUCGCCUAGUCACGUUGUGAAGAGUGAGCAAGUGAAUGGUGAGAGAUCUCGCUUUAUAUCAAAAGCUCAUAAAGAGAGUGAGAGCAAAUAGCAAGAGCUGAAAUUGGUGCCUCGGUGCACACACAUACAUACAAAAAAAGAUUAAACAGUGAAGACGGGUCAUCAAUUUGAGUGUGAUUUGUUUACAAGAUCGUGCGUUGACCUCUGCUGUACGGCGUUGUUGGUGGUAGCGUUCUGGCUGCUGCUGUUGGAAAGGCUGUUGUUGCUACAAAGGAUACCUGCUGCUGUUGUUGCUGUGAAGGAUACUCUGCUAUCGCUGCUGUUGUUGCCAUCGGAGGAAACGCUCGUUUUACUGCUGCUGCUGCUGGUUUUGGGCGGUAGGAAUCGCUCGACUGCUGGUAAUUGUCUAUUGGACAUUGAAGAUGCCUUUGUCUACCAAUACCGAACCAUUUUUGCCAGGAACCAUUCCCUUCGCUCAAUAUUUGGAGCAACUUGAAUGGAUGUUUCAACACAAUAAGUUUGCUGCUGAUGAUUAUAAAUCAUCGUUUUUAGCUGUUUGUGGAACAGAAGUUUUCUCACGUUUGAAACUUCUAUUUCCAGGACGUGAUUUUAAAGACCUUACGUAUAAGGAAAUCACAGAGAGUCUGAAGAGACAUUAUGAUAAAAUAGAUUCUGACGUUAUCCAUAGCUUCAAAUUUUGGACACGUAGGCAGGGCCAGCACGAAAAAGCUGUAGAUUUCGUUCUUGAUGUGAAAAAUUUGGCAGAACAAUGCAAUUUUGGCGAUUUUAAGGAAAGGGCUAUUAGAGAUGUGCUUGUUAUAGGAACUUACGAUCGUCAAUUACAAAAUCGCCUAUUUGACGAAGAAGAUCUUACAGCAAGCAAAGCAGAAAAAAUUAUUGUUAAUAAAGAAAUAGCGUCAGAUAGAACAAAUUCCUUACAAAGGGACGAAGGAUCGCGUCUGGGUGUCAUUGCCAGGCUUGGGCGUAGAUCUCCUAUUAAAUCAAGCAGAGGAAUAGGCUACAGAGCAAGAAGUAGAAGCGAUAGCAGGAAUCGGUCGGUUCGGUUUAGAAAUGAUGGCUACAGCAGGUAUAAUCGUGAAUAUGACAAUGGCAGCCCAGGGAAGACGACAUAUUUUUGCUCCUAUUGUAAAAAGAGAGGCCAUACUAAAAAGUAUUGUUUUAGGCUCAAGGACAAAAAGGCCAGCAAAAGUACACAGAGCGUAAAUUUUGUGGACUCUUCCAAGCCUAAUACUUCAGAUUCUUCUGGCCUUUUCAAAAGACUUGCGACUGAUUUAGAAGAAAAUUCUGAUGAGGAGGAUUUUGCAUGCUUGAUGAUUUCUUCAAUUAAAAAAAUAAACGAGCCUUGUUACGUUGAGGCUCAAAUAGAGAGCAGAAUGCUUACUAUGGAAGUUGACUGCGGUUCAGCAGAAAGUGUAAUCUCGGAAGAGCUAUUCCUAAGAAAUUUUAGAGAUUUUCGGUUGGAGGUAUGCAACAAACGGUUAGUGGUUAUCGACGGCAAAAGAUUACAGGUUUUGGGAAAAGCAGAUGUUUUAGUGCAGCUAAACGGAUUAAGGAAACAGCUUCCUUUGAUUGUUUUGAGAUGCAACAACGAAUUCACACCUUUAAUGGGAAGAAGCUGGCUGGACAUCUUUUUCGGUGACUGGAGGCAGGCAUUUACUCACCAAGCAUCUACAACUCGUGUGCACUCGCUGAAGGAUGAGGAGUUAUUAAAUAUAAAACGUAAGUUCCCUUCGGUUUUUGAUAAAGAUUUGUCUCGUCCAAUAAAGGGUUAUGUUGGUGAUUUGGUUUUAAAAGACGAUAAACCGAUUUUUCGAAAGGCAUACGAUGUUCCGUUAAGAUUGAAACAAAAAGUGUUGGAUUGUUUAGAUGGCUUAGAAAAAGACGGAAUUAUUGAACCAGUUGAAACCAGUGAAUGGGCCUCACCCGUAGUAGUGGUAGUCAAGAAAGACCAGGGUAUUCGCCUGGUAAUUGACUGUAAAGUCACAAUAAACAAAGUCAUUGUUUCAAAUUCUUAUCCUUUGCCAUUAAUACAGGACAUUUUUGCUACCCUGAGUGGAGCUAAAUAUUUUUGUUCAUUGGAUUUAGCUGGUGCAUAUACACAACUUUUGUUGUCAGAACGUUCAAAAAAGUUUAUGGUGAUAAACACUAUAAAAGGCUUAUAUCGCUACAAUCGUUUGCCACAAGGAGCCGCUUCUAGCGCAGCCAUUUUUCAAAGAAUAAUGGAUCAAGUACUUCAAGGUUUAGAUGAUGUUGUUUGUUAUUUAGAUGACGUAUUGAUAUGUGGCAAAACCAUGGAAGAGUGCAGAGCCAAGCUUUACUUGGUACUGGACAGAUUAGCCAAAGCAAAUAUUAAAGUUAAAUUAGAAAAAUGCAAAUUUUUUGUUAAGGAAUUGCCAUAUUUAGGGCAUAUUAUAACCGACAAAGGUUUAUUGCCGUGCCCAGACAAAAUCAAAACAAUUCGUGAAGCAAAAGCUCCAAGUAAUGUAACGGAGCUAAAGGCGUUUUUGGGAUUGGUAACAUAUUAUGCUAAGUUCAUCCCGAAUUUAUCUUCCAGAAUCAGUUGUCUCUACAGUCUGUUAAAGAAAAAUGUUAAAUAUAAUUGGAGUGCUGAGUGUGACAGAGCAUUCAAUGAGUGUAAACAUUGCCUUUUAAAACCUAAACUUUUGGAGUAUUUUGACCCAGAAAAACCUGUUGUAAUUGUGACCGACGCUUGUUCCUAUGGAUUAGGUGGUGUGAUGGCGCAUGUCGUAAAUGGCGAAGAACGGCCUGUUUGCUUCGCAUCUUUCUCGUUAAAUAACGCUCAAAAGAAUUACCCCAUUUUACAUCUUGAAGCUCUAGCUAUAGUGAGCACAGUGAAAAAAUUUCACAAAUUUCUGUACGGUAAAAGCUUUACUAUUUAUACUGAUCAUAAACCAUUGAUUGGUAUAUUUGGAAAAGAAGGGAAAACUUCUAUUUCUGUUACAAGGUUACAGCGUUAUUUAAGAGAACUUGCUAUAUACGAUUACGAGAUCAUCUACCGUCCAUCUAACAAAAUGGGGAACGCCGAUUUUUGUUCCCGAUUUCCGCUUCCCGAAAUGGUGCCUGCAAACCUAGACGUGGAAUACGUUAAAAGUCUGAAUUUUUCAAACGAAUUUCCGAUAAAUUACAAAGAAAUAGCUAUAGCUACGGAAACAGAUGACUUCACAAAACAAAUUAGGAGGUUUAUUGAUAAAGGUUGGCCCGAACGUUUCGAUAAGCAAUUCAAAAAUGCUUAUGCUAUUCAUCAAGAGAUGGAAAUUGUGGAUGGUUGCAUUUUAUUCCACGAUCGUGUUAUGAUCCCUGACUCUAUGAAAAUAAAGGUUUUAAAAUUACUCCAUAUGAAUCAUUCUGGUAUUAGCAAAAUCAAGCAGUUAGCGCGCAGAUGCGUAUUUUGGUUUGGUUUGGAUGCCGACAUAGAAAAAUUUGUAAAAAGUUGCACCAUAUGCAAUGAAAUGACAGCGGUUACAAAACCUGCCAAAUAUUCUCAAUGGAUUCCGACGACAAAACCAUUUUCUCGUAUACAUGCUGAUUUUUUUCACUUUGACAAGAAAAUUUUCUUGCUAGUUGUUGAUAGCUAUACCAAAUGGCUGGAGUUGGAGCACAUGGCCUAUGGCACAGAUGCCAAGAAAGUUAUCAAGAUAUUCCUUAAGAUCUUUGCUAGAUUUGGGUUACCGGACGUCCUGGUAACUGAUGGAGGCCCACCGUUCAACUCCGAAUUAUUUGUAAAGUUUUUUGAAAAACAGGGGAUAACUGUCAUGAAAAGCCCACCCUACCAUCCCGAAAGUAACGGGCAGGCGGAACGAAUGGUGCGAUUAAUAAAGGACGUAUUCAAAAAGUUUAUCAGAGACCCAGAAAUGAAGAAAUUGGAUGCAGAGGAACAGAUAGCAUAUUUUCUCAUCAACUACAGAAACACAUGCCUAGGUGCAAAUGACAAAUUUCCAUCUGAAAAGCUUCUCUCGUAUAAACCCAAAGUUUUGCUAGACUUAAUUCAUCCAAAGAGUAACUUUAAGAAAAACUUGACGACAUCGCUAGAUGAAACUCAAAAAGUUGAGCAAGGAAAAAAUGAGAUGUCCGAUCCUUUUGCUUGUAUGAAAUUUGGUGACCUAAUAUACUACAGAAACAAUAACAAAACUGAUAUAAGAAAAUGGUUGCCUGCUAAAUUUAUAAAACGGACAUCUUCGAAUAUUCUACAGGUUUCUCUUGGUGGAAGGGUGGUCCUAGCGCACAAACGUCAAUUGAAGCUGCCAGACUCUCGCCAGAAAACGUCAAGUCGUUUUGUUUUCCACGGAGAGAGCGUUGCGUCAGUGCCGAUAGAGCAACCUGGUACUAGCGGCAGCUAUAGAAUGGAGAAUCAUCCGAAUCAAGCCAACAUGUCAGAUGCAAGCCUGAGACCAGCCAAGAGGAGAAGAGAAGACGACGAAGAAGAUUGCGUGGGCGUUUUUAGCUCUGAUUCGGAAUCCGACUUUUAUGGUUUCGCGGCUGACUCGUUCGUUUUUGGCAGCUUGUCGGAUUCAGUAGUGGAAGCACAGACAGAAAAGGAUUCCAUUCGGAGAUCAGCGAGAACAGUGAAGAAAAAACGCAAAGAAGAUUAUUUGUACUAUUAACUAUUUUGAAUUUGUGAUUAGAUUUUGAAUUGUCAUUCUCUUCGAAUUGUAACAUAGCAAAUAGAAUUUGCAUUCGAGUGUUUUUAUUGCAUUAUAGUUUUGUCUCAAUGGGAUAAGGAGUUGUUAUAACGCUUUCGAGCAGUUUAGGAUUUCGACCAAGAAAGACAAAUCCUCGGAAGAGUGCAGACUGAUGAACUGAGUGAGAUGAGUAGAAUUGAAAGUAGAUGAGUCGGGUCUGAGACGUGUAUAAAACGGGUAGGUGAAAUAAAUGAGAGCUUGUACAUUUGUGACAAUCAACCAGUGUGUUUUUAACUACCUUCCCGAAUAGACGUACUUUAGAACAGAUGCUAUCACUUACAAUUGAUU